UUUUAUUUUAGUAAUUUUGACAAAUAAAAUUUAAAAGAUAAAUGGCUGGAUCUUUGAAGCUCUGUUGUGAAAGUCAGUUGUUGUUGACGCCACGAUUGUUGACGCCGCAACGGAGAUACUCUGAAAAGUGUGAGACGAAGAAGUUCGUGGUAGUCAUGGUGCGACACGGUGAAUCCGAGUGGAAUCAGAAGAAUCUGUUUUGUGGGUGGUUUGAUGCCAAGCUCAGCGAGAAGGGCAAGGAGGAGGCCUGCGCCGCUGGCAAGGCAAUCAAGGAGGCCAAACUGAAGUUUGACAUGGCGCACACUUCGGUGCUGAAGCGAGCCCAGGAUACCCUCAAGACGGUGCUAGAGGUGACUGGGCAGGAAACGAUCCCGACUUGCAGGACGUGGCGCCUCAACGAGCGACACUAUGGUGGGUUGACGGGGCUCAACAAGGCCGAGACGGCCAAGAAAUAUGGCGAGGAUCAAGUUAAGAUCUGGCGACGGAGCUUUGAUACACCCCCACCGCCCAUGGAAGAGGAUCACAAGUACUACGAAUGCAUUGCCAAGGAUCCGCGCUAUAAGAACCUUGAUCCCUGCGAUAUGCCCAAAACCGAAUCCCUAAAGCUGACCAUCCAACGCACCAUGCCAUACUGGAAUAAAGUCAUCGUGCCGCAAAUCUUGGAAGGCAAGAAACUGAUCAUUUCCGCACAUGGGAACAGUCUGCGUGGCAUUGUCAAGCAGCUGGAUCAAAUAUCCGAUGAAGCCAUCAUGGAACUCAAUCUGCCCACUGGAAUACCAUUUAUCUAUGAGCUGGAUGAGUGCAUGAAGCCGUUGGUAUCGAUGAAAUUUCUGGGUGAUCCCGAAACAGUGAAGAAGGCAAUGGAAUCUGUUGCAAAGCAGGGCAAGGCGAAGUAACUUUAACUGAUUUGUGAUGAGGUCAAAGUGCAGAAACAUUUUCGACAGUAGCAGCUAAAUAAAUUGCAAUAAAUACAAGAAGAAGGUCAAAACAA